AACUGAUUCCUGCUGGCCUGCCCUGUUGCCAUGUGUUUUGCUCAUGAGAAAGUCACUUAGAAUGCUGUUUCAGGAUGAGGGUCACGGUGAUGUUGCCUGAACUAUGCAUAACCUCCAGUGGAGAGGAAUUAGGGACUGAUUGGUGGUUUGCUGUCUUUGCAAGGCAUGGCCCUAGCCAAGAUGCCCAUGGUUGAAGGUGACUAAGGGUUACUCAAAGGUAGAUGGACUUUCAUGGUUCUUCACCAUUGUAAGUAUUGCUCCUCCAUUUCUUCUGUGGCCUAGCUAUAUUCAGAAACACAAGACAUUUGAAAUUAGGCUGGGACUGGGUUUAAAGGCCACUAAAUCUGUAGGGGUUCACUGGGUCCAUGGAAUUCUAGAGCAGAGCUGUCCAAUAGAACUUUCUGCAAAGAUGUCUCUUUUUUAAAAUUUUUAUUGGGGUAUAGUCGAUUAACCAUGUUGUGUUAGUUUCAUGUGUACAGCAAAGUGAAUCUGUUAUACAUAUACGUAUAUCCACUCUUUCUUUAGAUUCUUUUCCCACAUAGACCAUUACAGAGUACUGAGUGGAGUCCUCUGUGCUAUACACUUGUAGGUGGCUCUGCCCGGAGGAUAACACAAAGAAAGAAAUUGGAAUCUGCCGCUUCGGGACCCAGAUAAAUUGUACAGUGCUGGAAGUUGGCGAUGGCUGUGGCCCUGGGUUGUGCAAUCCAGGCCUCCUUGAAUCAGGGCUCGGUGUUUCAAGAGUAUGAUACCGACUGUGAGGUCUUCCGCCAGCGCUUCCGGCAGUUCCAGUACAAAGAAGCAUCUGGGCCUCAUGAAGCUUUCAACAAACUCUGGGAGCUCUGCUGUCAAUGGCUGAAGCCAAAGAUGCGUUCUAAGGAGCAAAUCUUGGAGCUGCUGGUGUUGGAGCAAUUCCUAACGAUUCUGCCCACAGAGAUAGAGACCUGGGUGAGGGAACAUUGCCCGGAGAACAGAGAAAGAGUUGUGUCACUGAUAGAAGACUUACAGAGAGAACUUGAGAUACCAGAGCAGCAGCUCGAUAGACAGGAAAUGCUCUUGGAAGAACUGGCACCAGUGGGAAUGGCACACAUACCGCCAAACAUCCACCUGGAGUCACCCCCACUCCAAGUAAUGGGACCUGCCCCGGAGGUCCCAGUGGCAGAGGCGUGGAUCCCACAGGCAGGGCCGCAGGAGCUGAGCUUCGGUGCUGCUGGGGAAGGCCAGCCCUUUCUGGACCCUGGAUAUCCAAUACCAAAACUCGACGUGAGCUUUCCAUUGGAGCAUAGAGAAGAGGCAUGGGUGAAGGAACUACAAGAUUCCAAAGAAAUUAAGCAAUUACUCGAUUCCAAGUUAGGUUUUGAGAUCGGGAUAGAAAAUGAAGAAGCUACUUCAGAAAAACAGAAAAAAAUGGAGAAUAUGUAUCCAUUUAUUGUUACUUUAGAGGGGAAUGCUCUUCAUGGCCCCAUUUUGCAAAAAGACUAUGUACAGUUAGAAAAUCAAUGGGAAACCCCCCCAGAGGAUUUACAGAGAGAUUUAACAAAACUUGUAGAGCAUCAGAACCCCUCAGCAGGAGAGAAACCUGAGAGCUCCAACUUGGAAGAACCCCUCAACGCUAGACCCCAUAAGAAAAAGAGUCCAGGAGACAAACCUCACCGAUGUUCUCAGUGUGGGAAAUGUUUUGCUCGGAAGUCACAGCUUACAGGGCACCAGAGAAUUCAUUCAGGAGAGGAACCUCAUAAGUGCCCUGAAUGUGGAAAAAGAUUCCUUCGUAGUUCAGACCUUUACAGACACCAACGACUUCAUACGGGGGAGAGACCCUAUGAAUGCACGGUGUGUAAAAAGCGAUUCACUCGGCGGUCACACCUUAUAGGGCACCAGAGAACCCACUCUGAAGAAGAAACAUAUAAAUGCCUUGAGUGUGGGAAAAGCUUUUGUCAUGGAUCAAGUCUUAAAAGACAUCUGAAAACUCAUUCAGGUGAGAAACCUCAUAGAUGUCAUAAUUGUGGGAAAAGUUUUAGUAGGCUGACAGCUCUUACUUUGCACCAGAGAACUCACACUGAAGAGAGACCAUUUAAAUGUAAUUACUGUGGGAAAAGCUUUAGACAGAGACCAAGCCUUGUUAUUCAUUUAAGAAUUCAUACAGGGGAGAAGCCAUACAAGUGUAGUCAUUGUUCUAAAAGCUUCAGACAGAGAGCAGGCCUUAUUAUGCACCAAGUCACUCACUUUAGAGGUCUUCUUUAAGGAUUGUUAAAGGAAACAAGUCCUACAGAGAUUGACAGUAACUCAAAAAACAAAAUCUUAAACCUGCAGCAUCCUGUUUGUCUUGGAAGAAUUUUUUUGUUUGAGCUUAUAAGAACAGCUUUUUUUUUCUACUUUAAAAACCCAUCUUCCAAGUCAUAUGAAUUCUAGAGUAUCUAUCUACUCUUGCAGUUUUCCUAGAUUUGAUUUAUUCUGUCUCUACAACUCUUAUUUUUUUAUUACAUUGAAAAAUUUUGUGAACCAAGCCAACCGUAUCAUAGAUGUAAGCAUAAAAAUAAUGGCAAUCCUUUUCAGGGUAGGGUCAACAUAAUGGAUAAUCAUAUUUAUCUGACAUAUCUAUUAUAGCAACACUAUAAUUAUUCUGCUGUCAUUAUUAAAGGUGAUUAUAUUAGUUUAAAGCUUUAUAUGUGUCCCAAGUGGCAAGAAAGGAGACAGUGUAUUUUAUGAAAUAAUGAAAAUGUGUUAGGAACACAUGGAUGAAGACGAUUUCAUUUGCCUGGUAUGAACUGGGUUCUUUCCAUUGAAAAUUUUAUUUUUGAGGAAAUUAGAAUUUUAAUCUUUACUUUUGAAUUUUGCAAAGGUGGCUAGUCUGCUUAGUUGCAGCCUGGGGUGAUGCGGCUUAGAGCUGAGUAUUGAUUUGAUGAUUUAUUUUGUUCCCAGAAUAAGUCAGCUCUUUGUGGAAGAACCCAUUUGACAGUUGAAGCUAUACAAGUAGAAUCUAAUUUAAUUUAGGUUGACUGAGGAACCAGUGUCCAUUGCUUUUCACUCUCCUUUGCUAUCCAGCUAUGUAUCUCUCAGUGCUUUUAAAUUUUACCCAUCCUUUAAUUCAGUGUCUCCCUAAGUGUGUGUCAUAGAACACCUAGUUAUACAAGAUAGUCUGCAAAUAAGUUUGGGAAUCACUUCCUGCUGUUUCUGCUUUGUAGAUUCACAGCGCACAUCAGCAUAUAAGAAUUCUGAGAGGUCCUCUGGUAAAGGCGGAAAAAGCACCUCUUUUGGCUCAGUGUUUUACAAUCCUGUUUGAGCCCAGAACCCUUUUUCAUGUAUACCCAGUAAUGACCCACAAAGCUAGUAUUCUGCAAAUAUGCUUUGGAACACACUGCCUUUAACAGAUAUUUCUAUAGCUAUCUGUAUAGUCUGAUUGUUCCCAAGCCUAGUUAUCUCCAGUUGUCUCAAGGGUGUUAUGAAAAACUCUUUAAACUUAUAUGUUUUUUAUGUAACACACACACACAUUAUUUAAGGAGGUGAAGGUCACUAAUUCAGAUAUUUAUACGUUGCUCAGUGAUUCACAGCCUCUUUGAAUUUUACUUAUAAUCUCACACACACACAUUGCUACUUAUAUAAAUGUUCUCAUAUAAUAGUGGUAAUGACUCAAGUUCCUGUAGCAAGGGAAGAACUCUCUUUGUCAGUUAAAGCUGUUAAUACAUGAAAAUAUUCACUCAGCCUAGUUCCUUGUAAAAUACAAGAAAUAGGACAUUCAAGUAUUUCCCCUUUAUGAGGAUACCAGUCAUCCUUUCCUUAAACUAGAAUUACAGAAAGUAUAUUUUUUUCUAUUCCAUUGAAGUUCUUGGAAGUGAUAUUUAAUAGAAGCAUUUGGGGGGUAUCUACUAUGUGCCUAACUAGUCCUGUUCUAGGCUUAAUGAAAACUAGUAAAGAAAUUAAUUCAUAAAGAGUUUAUAAUAUCUUUAGUUAAACAAGAGUUGGGAAACAAAUGGAGAGCAAUGCAAGAGAGUUUGUAGUUAAGUGCCAAAUCAUAUCAAGUGCUAGAGCCAGGAUGUGUCUUUCAUUUUUGUCAUCUAGGUCCCAGUAUGAUGCUGCUAUAAGUUUGGGGUUAAAAUUGAGAUCCCAGUAGCAAUAAACAUGGAACAUGGGAGGAGUCUGAAUGUAGAGGUGAAUAAUACCGAAUGUAAUGGCUUCUCUUUUCUCUCUUGUGGAAUUGCAUUCAAACCAGGACAGUGCCUUAGAAUGGAUGUGCCCAACUGCUCUGUAUCUAUGCAAUAUUUUAAUAAAGUGGAAAUGUAUGCCCUUCCUGCUUCAAUCACAUUAACUAAUUGUUUGAACAACUUAGAGAUGCUUCCCUGAGCAGUGGCAACAAGCACCACGAUGGACUCCUGCCCCCAACCUCAGUUGGAAUCACUUUACUCCCUGCAACCAUGGUGCUGGGUUUAUGUACCAGUUUUAGCAUUUAAUACAAUCAAUUUAGCUAGUAGUGUUAGUUGCAAUCAUAAUAUGAGCUGUAUCAUCUAUAUCAUAAACACACAUGACUGGAUUUUACAGGGUAGAGAACAUCUAUUAUUCAUUUCUUUGUCAUAGUGUCUUGUAUAUAAUAAGCACUAAUAAAUA